GGGAAAACUCGAAGCCACCACCAACUCGUUGAAACAGACUUCCAGCUGACUCUGACUCUGACCACCUUUCUGGUUUAGCCUACAUACAUAUGCGUACCACCUGAUCAAAGCUGACUUCAAUGUUCCUCUCUUUAACCUUAAUCUCAAAGUUCCAACUGCCCUGCCCGUUUUUCCAUCUUUUCAUUUAGUUCUUCAUUCUUAACUUACUGCGACCAUGGAGGCGAACAUCGUCGACACGACGCUAACGCAUGGCCUCUCUACCAAUGAAAUCCUGUCAGGAAUAUUCGGCAGCAUUAGUUUGACUGCAUGGAUUUGCCUACUUCUUCCUCAACUUAUCACGAACUACCGAUCCAAGAGCGCUGAGGGCCUGUCCAUGCUAUUUCUGGCUGUCUGGCUUUUUGGUGACAUUUCAAACCUCUCGGGUGCUCUCGUAACCGGACUCGCGCCCACAGCGUCAGCGCUCGCAGGCUACUUCUGCAUCUCCGACGUCAUCCUCAUCACGCAAUCCCUGUACUACAACGUCCUCAACGCCCGCAAGGACCGGAAGGCCCGCCAGCGAACUCGGUCAACCCAAUCGGAAGCUUCUGAGGACGAGCCCCUACUACAACCGCGCCGGAGGUCGUCGAGCGGCCUUCCGGGUUCGCACCGUCGCCACUCGAUCCACCGAACGGAGUCUGGCUUCGCCCCCAUCAAGAGGGUUGUCACAGGCGAGGAUGACACCCCCGAUAGCAACCCUUGGCUACACAAUACCAUGAGCGUCGCGGCGAUCUGGAUUGUCGGCGCCGCUGGCUGGUUUGUGUCGUACAAGGUCGGUGCUUGGGAUAAGGAUGACGCUCCUGAGGAACCGAGUACCGAAACGCCGGUCGCUAUUUUGGGAUUGGUGUUAGGUUACGCGAGUGCGAUCUGCUAUUUAUGUGCCCGUAUUCCCCAGAUCAUCAAGAACUAUCGAGAGAAGUCUUGCGAGGGCCUUGCUCUCCUUUUCUUCCUACUAUCUUUAACCGGUAAUCUUACCUACGGCCUAAGCGUCUUCACCUAUUCCCCGGAACCGGCGUACAUCAUCAAGGCCAUCCCUUGGCUUCUCGGAUCCUUGGGUACUAUCGUUGAGGAUUGCGUCAUCUUUUACCAGUUCAGAAUCUAUUCGGGAAAUACGGCAGCUAAGAGGAAUGCUACCGAGGAAACAGCAUAGGAGCGUCGAUUCGGUCAGCAGCCUUAUGCAUUUUCAUCUCGAUUGGAGGAUUUAUACAAAUAUUAAGGUCACCAUGGCGAUUGCAUUUACGGCGUUUUGCAUCGGGGUUUUACAGUUCACCCGGCUGGUAUCUCCAUUGAGGGAUUGAUCUGGGUUCCAUAUCUUUGGGAUGGGUCUAUUGCAUCAAAAGUCAACAAGUUGGGUUGUCAUUUUUCACAUCUCGAGUAAGUCUUCUGGUUGCCUUCGGUGGCGGGCGGUCACAUUUCAAAGGUCUAGUUGCAUGGGCAUGAUUAUUUCUUAUCCUGAGGGAUGCUCAUCAGACAACUAGAGGCUAUCAUCCAUAGACUCAUAAUAGAAAUUUCGAGGAUAUGUGGAAUGAGAUAGGUCUAUAUUUCUUCUCUACGAAUAAAAUAUCAUAUAAUAUCA